CUUUAUUAGAUUAGUCAUACAUAAGAAAAGUGUUGGGUUGUAUGUGCCGUUCCAUCCAGAGUGCUUCGAAUCCUGCGGCUUUUCGGGAGAAUGGAGGUGUCCAUGUCUUCGAUGGAGAGAAUUGAACACCAUCGCCGGGAGGACGUAGAAGCCAUCAGAAACAAAUCGUUCGAAAUGAGCAGUGAAAAAGUCGAAGACCAUGAUUCGGACUAUAUUACCACGGCCUCGCCCCACUCCUCCAAGUCCACGACCCCCGACGGGAUCCAAGACGAAAGGGAGCAACAUCUGAGUGAAAACCGAGAGCAGGUCUUUGUGGCUCUCGAAUCCUUGGGAGUGGUCAACUUGAAAGUCAACAGCUUUGACCAUCGACUCAACUGCCAUGAGAACGAUUCAGACAACCACAAUGAUGAAAUCGCGGAAGACAUUGUUCAAACGGAACUGGGUGAGAUUCAGCAAGCCAUCGAUCUGGAUGUUGACGACAAAUCCUCGUCUGACUUGGAAAAUGCGGAAGUUCCUCCGGAGGAGCUGGAAUUAGAGCCUCUCAUGAGUCAGAGCUAUCCACAUGAAAGUCAUGCUCACCAAAGAAGACCCACUAUCAUUCGAGCUCACCGAACCUCUAGGCCAACUUCUAAAAUUUCCCAAGCUCCAGCUCCUGAAAAGGACCCUGUCCCAAAGUCCGAAAAUACGAACAAAUCUACUUCCAGGGCUCGUUUCCAUAAAGCAGCCAAUAGGGGCAAAAUAUUUCACAUUAGUAAAGCCAAGCCUAAGAGUUCCGAGAGCGGGGUAACCCAUGAAGACCAUGAUAAUCAGUCACAACCAGAAACAUAUGUCCAACCUGAGAGUGAAAAGAAGCAUGAUGAAGUGGAUGAGACCAAUUCAAGGAGUCCCAAUGAACUUGAUGUCCAGUCAUCUCCUGAGGAGAGUUCCCAUCCCAAUUCUGACGUUGAGGAGGAGCCUACGGAUGAAAGUGAGGAUUUACCGGUAGGUGAGCAAUUGGAGAGGAAGAUUCAGACCGUGAAAAGCCGCUUCCAAAAUCUUGUUACGCGAGGUCAAGAAUGGACAAAAAAUAUAACCAAACCGGAUGAGAUCCACGGCCAAUCUGAUGACGAAACAGAUGAGUCUGCUUUAAAGCCAAAUGUACAACAAUCGCCGACAGAUCAAGAGGCCAACAAAGAACUCGAUAAAGACGACUUAAAACAGGAAGAUACAGGUUCUGAUGAGGAGACAUUGGGACCUAUCGCAGCCACUGACCCUGUUCUUGAACCUGAAUCAAAUCCCUCGGGCAUCGGACAAUCUGACACUAAAACAUCGAGCGACGAUGAUAUUGCACACUUGAAGGCAGAGCUUGAAGAGACAAUACGCGGAAAAGAGAUCCUUCCAACCGAAGCAUUCAUCCCGGCGCCUGUGGAACACGACACCUCUCAUGUUGAGCUCUCUCAACCCAUGCAAGAUUCGAAAGAGUUUGUUCGGCCCAAACCAACGAAGCCAUCGCGUCUCGCCACGAAGCAUUCCUCAAAAGACAAAAAAGUAACAUCAAUCGUCAGGUUGAGCAAGCCCACCAGAAAGCCGAAGAAACAAAUGGAGCAGAAAUAUGAGUCAGACUUUGAUUCUGAUGAAGUGAAGCAGACAAAACCCGCCAAAGGAACGCCAACAAGAAAGAAAUUGACCAAGUCCAAAAAGAUGCAAAGAGCAGUGGAUGAAUCUAAGUUCUACGGCCAAUGGAUCUCUCCUCGAGUGAGUCGUCAAGAGGUGAGGACAUCGCUCGUUCUGGAUCAAGCGGCCAAGGAGGAGUUUCGACACAUCAUUUCAUCCGUUCUCGAUGAGCGAACGCCCACCGUGAACCAAGAUGACAUGGAUCGAGGAGCCACGAGUCGACUUGAUCGGACUGAACUUAUGAAUGGCGAUCUAACGGAACCAUCAGCAGCAACAGCGCCACUAAUGACAACCGAAUCCCCUUCCAAAGACCUCUUGGACGACCACAACAACGAGUAUCCUAAUGACUAUGAGGAGGAGGAGGAUGUUGACAAAGGGCCAUCGAAAUAUAGUCCAUCAAGUAACUCUGAGGAAUACAUGGCGAUCCUCAGACAUAUCAGGAAAGAGAGCGAACCUCAGCAUAAAUAUUCAUUAGCGGGCCAUGAUGAGAUCUUGAACGAGUAUCGCCGGAAAGUGUGCCUGAAUUUGAGAGAGAACCUGAAUGGCCUCAAGAUGAACCAAAAGAUGCCCCAUUUCUUCCGCGAUCGUACCACUGCAUUCUUCGGGAUUAUUCAUUCAGCCGUGUUUGGCAGCGAGGACCUUCAACCAGAAGAAGCCGAGCUCAUAUUGGGUAUUAAUAAGGAUACGAUCGACCAACUCGCCAAGUACGAACAAGAACGCAACGUAAUCGAGAAGCAAAUCGCAUCCACCGUUUCUUUAGAUGAUGAGGAUAGCAGUCAUGAUCAUACCAAAUCAGAGGUCCAUAUGUCACGGAAACGCAAUGAGAGUGUGAACCCUCAACCGUCCCGCAAGCCCAGGAAUCAGGGUGUUCCGAGAACGCCUUUGCCACGAGUGCGUCAGCUCAAGGAGCAAUUUCGAACUUUUGCCAAGUUUGGGGAUCGCCAUAACGACGGGACUCAUAUCACCCUCUCCCGUUGCGACAAAUGGUUGAGACAGUCGGGUGUGAUUGACGAGACCCUCCUAACCACCACGGACACGGCCAUUCUCUUUCGACGAAUGAGCAAGACCCACGUUUGGAUGACUUUCAGAGAGUUUCAGAAAUUUCUCAAGGCCUUGGCCAAAAGCAAGGCCCUGGACUUGAAGCUGAUCAUGAAUGCCUUGGUGGCUUGUGGAGCUCCUCAAUAUGGUAAAAUCACGGAUAUCGACACCUGCAUACUGCUACAACGCCUCACUGAUGUCUCCCUCUAUGGAGGAACGCAUAGAGCCAGGUUUGACUCAAAAGGGCGUGGCUUGGGCGCGGCAGGUCGACGAGAUCCACGGGACUUACAUUGGAUCAACAGUCCAAGUCCAGACGGAUUGCUGGCCAUCACCCCGAAGCCAAUCAUAAGACCUCACAUUUAGUGCUAGUUAUCACGCUAGAUGAUUGACCCUUAGGCUCAAAUGCACAUCCAGUAAAUCCCAAUUAAUAACGUAUGCAUAUCUUACAAUUCUCUGUCGCCAGUAAAACCAUGGGAUCCUUAAGCACGUUUGUUGAUUCAUUAGCUCCAGCAGACGUCCUAAAAAUUGUAUCUUCCUUGACCAAGUGAAGUGAAGGAACAUUCGAAUUGAGCACCCUGGUUGUGGGUUUUGUCGUUGCUUUUGAUAGGGAAAGAAUGGAGACCAUUCUAUAAUGGAGAAGGACAUCACGACCACCAAAAAACAGAAAAAAAGGUGAACUCGUAUAAAAAAAAGAUGUUUAGUGACUCGUGCGUUUUAAUUUGUAAGCGGGGCCGGAUUUUGAGAUCCCGUGUUUGCAAGUCGUUUCCACUGACCAGACGCUCGUUCUCAACCUUUUUAGGAUGCAGAAUAGCUCACAAAAUGUCCGUAUCUCUCUCCACUGGGUUCGGGUCAAUGGGAGAUUUAGUUGUAUAAUAAUGCCACUAAGUUUGUAACGCUUGUCAGCAUAAACAGGGUAGCAUUGUGAAAACAUGGCUUCAAGGUGAAAAGAAAUCACGAUAAUCUGGCAGCGAGGGCGCUUUUCUGAGGUUGAUAUUGUCCCGCCAUCUAACAGUCAAGCUCUGAGUUACAGAAAAUCCAAAGAGGCAAGUAAGACCACUAUUACUAGGACAAAAUGUUCAAAGAGGAUGGAAGGCAAAUGGAGACAUCCGAUUUACAUCAACAAACAUUUUGCAUGUGCUCAUGCUACUCUUGCUCUUAAUAUGAUUAUGUCCUUCUGUAAUGCACCUG